AUUUUAAUCACUUAACAAAUACACUUAGGUUUCAAGUAUUCUAUUUGUUAAAUUUUAUUUAACCCAACAAAGAUUUGAAUACCGAUAUAAAUAAUGCAUAUUUACAAAGUUGAAUAGGCUUAAAUUUGAAUUGUCCACCAAUGUAUAUUAUGGACACUGUAAAAAAGUAGUUCUUCCGAGGCUAUUAUUCUGUCUGCAGUGACCAUGACGACGAUUCUAAAGUACCUUCCGCCUCUACAAUUAACUCAUGAACAAGUUCGAAAGAAAAUACUUGAAUGGUUCUCAAUCUGGCCAAAUUGGCAAAAAGAAAUUGUUCUUUCGGAGUUGACAACCAGAUGUCAAAUUGAACAAUUGCAGUCAUUAACUACCUCUAUUGAACCUCUUUUACAUCAAAUCGAAACUAUACCAAAGUUAACAUAUCAUAAAAAAGAAAAGAAAGAAACUACUGAUAAAACAGCAAUAUUCAAUAAAUUUUGUCAAGAUUUUUCAAAAAGUAUAUUAAAAGACACUUUACAAUAUUUUGGUAAAGAAGAAAAAACAUCGGAUACUGAAAGUAAAAAUAUAGAUAAAGUUGAUUUUAUUAAAAAAUCAAAAACAUUACAAUGGACAUAUAAAAAUAGGAAAAGUUUUGAAUCAUUUCCAUCGCCUUCUAAGGAUUUCUUACCGGAAAGAUCAAAGAGAGGAUCUUGGAAAGCUGAGAAACUAUUUGUUAAAAGUCUUACAGAAAAUACACUUGAUUUUCAACCGAAGCUUAUUGCAGCUCAAUCGUUGUACAAACCCUCAAAAUUUUGGUCAAACAAUUCAAAAGAACGUUUAAUAAAGGCUGAUGAAAAGAAAUUACACAAACACUUCAAAGAACAAGUAGAACAGAUACGAUUAUGGAUGAAUACUUGGUCACAAUCUGAAUUGUUAUCACUUCUAGUUGAUUUAUUGAAAGUCUGUUGUAAAAAUGAGUUGAUACUGUUUAUGAGAUGUUUAAUGGAAAGAUUUCGCGAAAAAAUUGAUAUUGAUUGGUUGCCGGAUGAUAUUUUACUUAAUAUAUUUAAAUAUUUAGAUACGGAUGAUUUAAGAAAUUGUUCACUUGUCUGCCGAAGAUGGAAGUUGUUAUCUGAGCAAAAUAAAGGAUUGUGGAAAGAAGUUAGAGAGGACAGCUUCUCAAAAUUAUGGGGUAACGUUUAUCAACUUUCCGGUGCCAAAGUUCGUAUUAUUGAAAAGCCAAAAUCAAGAAGAAAAACUGCAAGAAGUGAUACCGUAAGUAUUGGAGGUCUGUCUAAACCUCAAAGUAGGAUGUCGAGAGCGUCGUCUAAAUUCAGAAGCGGAGGUGAGAAUGAAGAUUUGUCGUGGGAGGAGAGAGAAGAUCUUAAAGAUGUUCAAUGCAAACCUUUAAGAACUUGGCAUAAGAAGGAGAAAGAAUCGGAAGACGAUUCAGCAUUAGACAUACACUUACAUUUGAUGCAAUCUAAAAAUCUUGCUCAAAACUCAGGAUCCGUAACCCAAGUCUUAAAAUUAGAAGAAGUAAUCGGAAAAUUGCCAAAUGUUGAUAAAGCUUACAAACUUCAAGGCCAUAUGGAUUCUGUCAAUUGCGUUGAGAUCGACAAAAAACGGAUUCUAACUGGCAGUGCUGAUAGAUCAAUUCGUAUGUGGGAUAGUCGACAGAUGAAACCUUUCUACAAACUGUACGGUCAUAAAGGAGGAGUUCGCUGUAUCGUCACAGAUGGGGAGGAAAUAUUUACGGGUUCUUGGGAUGCUUCAAUAAUGAUAUGGCACGGGAUAAAUUUAACAUUACUCAAAAUUUUAACAGGCCAUACUGGCGUUGUUUCGACAAUGUCUUCAAAUGGUAAACUAUUAAUAUCCGGUUCGCACGAUGGUACAGUAAGAAUAUGGGAAAGAGCUAGCGAUUUCGAAUGUAUUAAGGUAUUACCCCUCCACCAGAGUCAUAUAAACGCAUUGUUCUUUGACAAGACAAAACUCAUAGUCACAGCAAGUACUGAUAAAACUUUAAAAUUGACCAAUAUUCAUUCUGGUCAAGUCAUAAAAGUUUUUGAACAUAAACUAGUUGAUUCCUUAACUAGUCUUAAAGUCAUAAAUUAUUUGGCUCUGUGCGGUGAUGUUAAAGGAAAGGUAGCAGCCUUUAAUAUAUGCAAUGGUAGGCUAGAAGCUUUGAUAAAGGCCCAUUCCUCUCAAAUAACCGCAAUAGACUAUUUAAAAGGGACAGGAACAAGAAGCUUCUUUUACACAGCGUCAUCCGACGGUUGCGUUAAGGAAUACAGCCUUGCAACGCUAACUUGUACAAGAGUGCUUCAUGGCCACAGAGCAGGUUUAAAGGAUUUAAAAAUAAAAUCUGGUAAAAUGGUUACUGCUAGCGACGAUGGAACUUUAAGGGUCUGGUUCAUAAACAUUUAAUUUGUGAUCUUACCAAUGUUAACACGAAAGGGAAGCCUAAUCUUUUCAGUAUUAUCAAUGCUUUAUGGUAUACUUUAUAAAGCGCAAUUUUAGACGAACUGAUAAAAUUCUAUUGUUAUCUUAUUGAUACGCAAAAAGAAUAAAUUUUGUUAUAAAUAAGUGAAUUCCUUUUAACCUGUAAAAUAGUACUUUUUAUCACCCUUUUAUUCUUUCGCGCCAAAAAGAGACUACUUCUAACCCAUAACUUUAAUCAAUUACACCCCAAUAUUUAGUCAAUACUUAAUAUUAAUAAAAAUUUAAAUAUAUUUAAUACUUAGGAUAAACACUAGACAACGACCUUGCAAUGGAUAUUUCUAAGUGCUCACCCUUAAUUUGUUUAUUGAAUUUUUAAACUACUCUAUUAUCGC